GCGCAGUCGGGUUUGGCAAGCGCGGCGCUUUGGCUGCGCGGGAGACGCGAGUGACAGUGUUGCGAAAGUACUUUCGUGAAGUUCUUUUUUUUGUCGGAGUUCGAUUUUCUUUCUGUUGAUAGGAUUUUUUUAGAUAGUCUUCAAUAGAACAAAAUGGCGGACAUAAUAAUGAAUUCGACACAAAGCGUGCUGAAAGAAACCUACGACUACUAUCUAUGGACGUUAUCAUUGUCAGACAACAGAACGAAAGGCUGGCCUCUAGUCGACUCCCCAGCUCCGACGGUCUUCUACACCCUUUUAUACCUCUUCAUUGUCUGGAUUGGACCAAAGAUUAUGAAGAACAGACGACCCUUCCAACUGACGUGGCUAUUAGUGCCCUAUAACUUGGCCAUGGCUGGCUUAAACGCGUAUAUUGCGUUGAGACUGUUAACAGCAUCGUUUAGACUCCGAUACAGUUAUAUUUGUGAGCCGUGUAGGCAGAAAUAUGAUCCGGAUGAAUUGCAAAUAGCAGACGCCGUAUGGUGGUAUUACUUCUCGAAGCUUCUAGAAUUCUGCGACACUUUCUUCUUCAUAUUGAGGAAGAAAGAUGAACAGCUGACCUUCCUACAUGUCUACCAUCACUCUACGAUGUUCAGCUUCUGGUGGAUUGGCAUCAAAUGGGUGCCUAGUGGAUCUACGUUCCUUCCAGCCAUGGUGAACAGUGGUAUCCACGUGCUCAUGUACACUUACUACGGUCUGUCAGUAUUCGGGCCUGCCGUCAGCAAGUACCUGUGGUGGAAGAAGUACCUUACUAUCAUGCAGCUGAUCCAGUUCACCUGCGCCUUGGUCCUCGGUAUCAACGGCAUCAGGACUGGCUGCGAGUUCCCCCUGUGGAUGCACUACGUGCUCAUCAUCUACAUGAUUUCCUUCAUCAUCCUCUUCGGAAACUUCUACAUGAAAGCUUAUAUUGCUAAGGGAAGCAAAUGCAUGGAGGUCAGGUACGGCCAAUGUUUGGACGACGAAGAAACCAUAGCCAACAGGAAACUGAAAGCUAACUAAAAUAAUUACUUAUAUACACUUACCAAUAUGUACAUUAAUUUAUUCUAAACUUAGUUUAAAUAUUACUGUUAGCUCUCUUUAGAAGCUUUGUAAAUGCUCAAUAAAAAUAUUUUUAUAACAUUUUUA